AUGGCUUCCUAUGAUGUCAACCUAAAUAAAGAGGCAGUUUCAACUUUCUUCUUUGGAGAAAUUCAGGAGAGAAAGGAUGAAAGCCUGUAUAUAUCUCCUCAGAAUAGUGAAGUACAAACCAAAGGGACUCUAUACAGGACACCAUAUUACAUUUCAGUGCCAUGUCUCCUUCAGCUCUUCUUGACUGUGAUAGUUCCUCAGAAUUUCCUUGUUUAUGAUGACCUGGACAGUUUUGAGCUGUCUUGGCUACCAUUUUCAAUCACAGAAGAAUUCAUCUUGAGAUUCAACCAAACAGAAGAUCCAAAAGAGAAGGAAGAAUUGUUGGAUCUAGCUAGAAAAAACAUUCUCCGAUGUAAGAGAAAAUUGGGUCUCAAGACCUUAGGCACUGGGAAGCAUGUGCAUCUUCCUACUGCAUGGACUGAAGUAACAUAUCUGGCUCAAUGCAAAGGAGACAUACAAGAUGAGGCUUUAAAUAUACUUUAUGCUUCCAUGGACCAUGCUUCCUUUGAUUAUGAUCAUCUACCUGCCUUAUUUUUUGUUGCGGAAUCAAUUUUAUAUCGACUCUGUUGUGAUGCAUUCCUAAAGACAUACUUAUAUUCAGUUGAAAUAAAGCUGUCAAAGAUUGGCUAUUUGGUCUUCUUACGACUUUUUAUUUAUUUCCUGCAUGGUCAUCUAGAAUGUUUUAAACAACAUUUGCUUAGGCUUCAACCAUAUUUAUACGCACUUUCUUUCUCUGGAGAAUCAUAUUACAAGUAUCCAAACAUCUUUUCGAAUGUGCAAAUUAUUCUGAAAACCAUGGAAAUUAUAUGUAAAAGAGAAUUAUUUACUGGAUCAGUUUUUAGCCCUGUGGAAAACAAGGAACAUUACAAGAACAGAGAUUCUGACAUGGAAGGAUAUGAAGUUAACCACCUGCUCUGGCACUGUGUUGCUGCUUGGACUUGUGUUCAGAAGAAUAGUCCUCAGUUGCAUAAAGUGCUUGAACAUCUCAUCUUUUAUAAAACACAACUUCAACAGAAAUGCUGGUUGGAUUCAGCGCUGGCUUUGUUGGUCCUUGGGGAGGCUGCCAAAUUAAAUAUGGCUUGCUUGAAAAUUUUAAUGAACCUAAUGAGAGAUUUUCUUUCAAGCAUUAUGUCUAUUCAUAUUCAGGAAGAAAGCUGCGAAGUAGACAAUUUUUCCUGGGCCUGGAAUAUAGUCUACAUAUAUAUAACAAUUCUUGCAGAAAUUUGCCUGUAUGCAACCACUUCAUAUUUGCGAAAAACUGCUUUUGUUGGUUUCUGUCAAUGUAAAAGUUCACAAAAGGAUAUUUUACACAUGGACAAACCAAAACAGCCAGAAUUGAAGGAAACAAGUAUUUUAGGUCUUUUGGACUACUUCUCUUCAAAAAUAUCAGAUAAUUGUGAUCAAGUGAUAUGGAUGGGAUACUAUGGCUUAGUGUAUAACCUGGUGAAAAUGUCAUGGGAACUUCGGGGCGAUGAGGAACAAGAUGGACUGGGAAACCUUAUAUGGCAAACAUUACGGAAAACAAAGGAUCAUGAGAAAGACAGUCGGAUCCAUAAUGCAGUAAAUAUAGCUCAGGCUGAGUUAAAUAACCUAAUGGAUCCUUUCACUAGAUAUGGUACAAAAGUUUCAUCUAAUGUAGGAGAUGAAAUUUUCUCCAAAUAUAUAGGAUGGAGAAUUGCCAACACACUUUCCAAGCUAUUCUUCUCCUUCACUGAUGCCCAUAUUCUUCCUUUGAAAAAACCAUUAAUAAAACGGGAUCAAAAGAAAUAUCUGAAUAAAAAUCAGCAUUUCAUGAAGAAGAGAGUUCUACAUUUUACUCUGAAGGAACAUCCUUCUGUAUCAGAACUCCCCUUGUUUCCAUAUCCAGAUUUCUUCACCAAGAGAGAUAAAGAAUUGGCAAGAAUCAUUGACCAUCAUUGGCAGAAAGAGCUAAAGAUCCGACAAAAAGAAAAUGAAAUAUGUGAGAACAAAGAACGAAAAGAUAAAGAGUUACAGGAAAAAAAUCGCUUCAGAGAAAUUAUGAGGAGAAGAGAAGAGAAACUACACAAGCAAACCAAACCCUAUGAGCUUCCUCUUAGGACUGAAGCAAUUUCAUUAGAAAAGAAAACGACUUCCCCAAAUUAA